AUGGAUUCAACUCAUGAAGAGGUAAAACACAAGAAAAGCAUCGUGGGUUCUGAAGAAAAUAAUCACAUCGGUUAUGGGUUGAGAGAAAAUCCCAAGAAAUCUUGGAAAUUUUCAGGCUUUAAAGAAGAUAUUACUUCUUCUGCUGCUGCUUCUUCUAUGGAUCAAAACCAGUGUAAAGUGUGUGGUAAAGAGUUUGAGUCAUUGAAAGCGCUUUAUGGUCACAUGAGACAUCACUCUGGAGGUAAAAGGAGAAGAAUUCAGUGCAAAGAAUGUGAAAAAUGGUUUCUUUCAUUGAAAUCUCUUUCUAAUCAUAUGGGGGUUCAUGCUCAGAAGUUGAGGUUCCAUAAUGAUCAUCAGUCAGAGACUACUAGUUCAUGUUCAAGGCACGAUCUUGUUGUGGAAAGCUUAUAUGCGAAGAAAAAGAGAUCAAAAAGAAUUAAGAGGUACAGAUCUAUUAAUGCAAGUAGUUCAGAUUCUAGCUUGAAUGAACCUUUGUUAUCUUUUAAUGAAACUGAUGAUGAUCAAGAAGUAGAACAAGUAGCUGUUUGUUUGAUGAUGUUGUCUAAGGGAGUUCAUGACUGGGGUGAAUUUCAUUCUUUUAAUGAGUUUUCAGAUGAUGAUGAUCCAGCUGUGAGUUUUGAGGUUAAGUCAUUGAUUCAGAAGAAGAGAACUUUGAGACAUGAUGAUGAGCCUUCGGAGAUAAAUAAGCCAAGAGAUGCUUGUGCUUCAGAUUCUUUGACUGAUUUGAAUGAGCAGAUUGAAAAGAACGAUGAUCAAUUGGAAGUUUGUACUGAGAAGUUACACAAGGGCAGUGAAUUUGGGAUGCCUAAAUUGGAUAUUGAAUCUGGAUUUGUAUCAUAUGGCAUUGAGAUUGAAAAGGAAAUUGAGGUUGAAUUGGAAAGAUUGGAGUUGAUUCUUGUAACAAAGUAA